AUGGCAAAAUUUGAAGCAGGUAACAUCCAGAAAGAAGAUGAUUCUAAUGGCAGUCAACCCAUCAAAAUCCCAACAAGAGAAAUCGGAAUAGGAAUAAAGGAAAGGAAAGCCGCAUUUGAGAAAUUUGCAAGCCAAGGAAAUGUGGCAUCUUCUCCAGGACCCAGUACCUCUCAAAAACCUGUUCAUCCUGAUCCUCCUCUGGAGGUCAAGCCUUCAACUGAUGAUCAAACAGAGAAGGUUCCAAAGCCAUCACAAACGAAAGGAGUGGCACAAAUGUUUGGUGUUCAGCUUCAGGCAACUAACAGAGGAAAGAAUAGAAAAACUAUAAACAGUAAAAUACCCAGCAAAAUCAGUGACCCAGCAAAAAAAGAUCCAAAACCAUCAUCAAGCAAAUGCCUUGGCUCUUCUCCUCCUCAAAAAGAAAGAAAACUGGAUUCAAAUUUUGAACCACAGGAGACUAAGGCAAAACAAGCAUUUUCUAAAGUACCACAAGUAAAUAAGCCCAAGCUUCCUCUCUCUAAACCACCUCUUGCUCAGAAAUCUUCUCUUACCAAUGAGAUGUCUCACAACAAAGACACUUCUAAUAAAAGUGACUUUCUGCAAAGACCGGCAAGCAGUAGAACAAAUACAUGCAAGUUCAAAGAAGCAAAGGAAAUGGGUGAAAAUAGUAACCGUGCUGCAGAAACUGAAGGCAAUCGUUUUCGUGACAUACGUGUUGUACCUACCAGCCCUCAGUGCAGCUCAUCUCAAGGCAUCCCCAAAAACAUGGAGGAAAAGACUGCAGAGAAAGGAAUCAGUGCUGUCAGGAAUAUCUUUUUCAAGAAAAUCACCCAGGAAGAAUCAGAUUCUUCAUCUCUUAAACUUUCUAAGAUGAAAACACCACUUAUUGCAGGAAAGCCAUCAGGUGAACCACAAAAGAAAGAGGAUGGGGAUGGGAAUUCAAGAGACCCCGUGAAGAAAGGCCUGCCCCCAGCGUUCAAGCUCGGCCAGCCCCCAGAGAAGCCCAACAGACCCCUCACUGUGGACCUGGAAAGGCACCAGAACAGCAAACAAAAAAACAGUGAGUCUACUCUGUUCUCGCUUUCUUGGGUAUUGUCUUUUUGGUACACUUAG